AUGGUCAACGUCGAGCUGCGUCGGCAGGUCAUCAACGUCUACAAAGGUAUCGCGCUUAACAACGAUCAGCAGCUGCUGUGGCUAGGACGCGAGUAUCCCCUGGGUUACCAGUACUUCAGGGACCGGCUUCAUCGCGCGUUUGCGGGCCAGGCGCAUCUUACGGACGAGGAUCAAAUUCGACAGGGGAUUGCUCGAGCUGAGUUUGUGAAGAAAGAAGUCGAAGCACUGUAA